AUGUCCUGGCCACAGAAAGUAGGUCCUAAAGUGCAGGCCAUUGAUCUGGACAUGUCAGCAAUAAUCACAAAAAAAUUGAUUCCAGACACCAUCUGGUCCGCCAUUGCUAUCACGGACAUUGCAUUUUGUGGCCCCAUAAGAUUUACUGAUUUGAUGACAAGUCCUCGUGUAGAACCCACAGAAGUCAAGAAGAGCGUCUUUGAGUCCAAACCUCUUAACCAAAUCACUGGGCUUGUCGACCGCCUUCUCUCUGUAGAAGCUUUACACCCGGCGAUUGCUAUUCUGAUGAGGGUUACUUGGCUUGUUGAUGCUCACCCUGGGUUGGCCGACCUGAUUCUGGGAGUUUAA